CCUCGACGCACAGACACUUCUUUAGGAAAAUGACCGUAGAGAGAAUAUUCGACGAGAUCGGACAUUUCAAAAGAUUCCAGGCAUGUCUGUACUUUGCCGCGGUCUUCCAGGCCAUAGCCUGUGGGAUCCACUACCUGGCCUCUGUCUUCUUAGUGCAGACGCCAAACUUUGCGUGCAGUGUGCCUGGCAACAUCACCGAUGUCCUGUACGGUAACCUGACGGGAUCUAGCCUGGAAGACAUCCUUCCAGUCUUCACGUCGGAGACUGGGCCCUUGGUGGUGAGGACCACUGAAGGUGAACAGUGGGAGCUCAGCCGGUGCCGCUGCGCCCUUCGCAUCAACCCAAAAUACUUUACGUACGACUUUGAUGGCAACAAAACAGUGAAAGCCUGCGAUGGGAACUUUGUUUACGACCACACUGAAGUUCACCAAAGCAUCGUGACGGACUGGGACUUGGUGUGUGACAAAGAGUGGCUGGCCAAGCUGUGCCAACCCACCUUCAUGAUGGGGGUACUAGUCGGAGCGCUAUUGUUUGGGGACCUUGCUGACAGAUUUGGUCGUGUGAAGAUCCUGAUGUUCACCAGCCUCUGUCAGUUUGGGUUCGGGGUGUCUGUAGCGUUCUCUGGAAACUACUAUAUCUUUCUGGUGCUUCGCUUCCUCCUUGCCAUGGUGUCCAGUGGCUACCUCGUGGUGGUGUUUGUCUACGUCACGGAAUUCACUGGCAUCAAAGUACGCACAUGGACCUCUAUGCACGUGCAUGCAGCCUUUGCUGUUGGGAUCAUGGUGGUGGCUCUGACAGGUUACCUGGUGCGGGUCUGGUGGAUCUACCAGUUCAUCCUCUCCACAUGCACAUCGCCCUUCCUACUCGUCUGCUGGAAGUUCCCAGAGACGGCCUUUUAUUUGAUGGCCAAGGGCCGUUACAAGGAUGCUCAGACCCUGGUGGACGCAAUAGCCCACUUCAACGGCCUUGAAUGCAAGCUGAAGGUGCAGGAACUCCUGGAGCCAGAGGAAAGAGAGAACGGCAGAGCUCUGCUGGAUGAAGCAGAGGAGCGACCAUCACAGCACGAAAAGAAGCUGUCCAUUCUGGAUCUUUUCAGCACCUGGAGGAUGGCUGGCCGUACAUGUACAGUGUGGGCCAUCUGGUUCAUCGGCAGUCUGGGCUACUAUGUCUUCUCUUUGGGCUCAGUCAACCUGGGAGGAAACCAGUACAUUAACCUCUUCCUUGCUGGUGCAGUGGAGCUUCCCUCUUAUCUGGUUGGCUGUUAUGCAAUGGACCGGAUUGGCCGGAAGAAGACCUGUGCCCCAGCUCUGCUCCUGGCCGGGGUCGCUUGUAUGCUCAUCAUUGUGGUUCCUGCUGACAUCAAUGCACUGGUCAUUGUUCUCUCUAUGACAGGGAAGUUUGCCAUCGCGAUUGCCUUUGGGCUCAUCUACCUGUACACCUGUGAGCUUUACCCAACCAUCAUCAGGUCUCUUGCAGUGGGGAGUGGAAGUAUGAUGUGCCGUGUUGGCAGUGUGGUGGCACCCUUCUGCGUGUACCUGGCUGAUGUCUGGGUCUACCUACCACAGCUCAUCGUGGGGAUCCUGGCAUUCAUUAUCGGAGUGCUGACAUUGUUGUUGCCUGAGACCCUGGGCAAACCUCUAACAACCACUUUGGAAGAGGCUGAAGCUCUGGGAUGCCAGCCCAGCAAGAAGGACUCGACCCUGGGCAAUAAAGAAGCUGAAGAGGGGUUGGAGAUGAACCACCAGGAAACCAAGGCCUGAGUUAGAUAGAACUGUUAAAAGUCCCAAGAGACUGACGCACAAAAGCUGAAAUAUUAACAUCAACAUGAUUUAUUGGAUUGUCGGAAAGAAAAAAAGCUUGAUUAUGAAAUGAUGUUUUUGUGGGUAUUUAUUUCUGCAAAGAGACAAACAGAAGCACUUUUAAGAUCCUGAGCCAUUACGCAAACCCUUCUGCAUGCAUACAGAUCAUAGUUAUAUAACAAUCUGUCACAGACAGUGUAAUCACAGCAGUCCGUGAAUUUGAUGACAAAAAAAAUCACGUGUGGUGUAUGUGUGUGUCCAAGACCAAAGAAACAUGAAGGAUAUUAAUGGAUGGUUUCUAUUCAUGACAACUUCAGUCUUAGUUAUGUAGUUUUGCCCAUGAUUUCUAUUAGUUAUGACAACUUAAUAACUGAUGGGAUCUGGGAGUACUGUGACAAGAAAUCACCAACAGUUAGGCAAUGAGACAAGUUGUGAACAAAUCAUCCAAUCUGCUUUCUGUAGGUCAAAGUUCAACCAGAAAAUGUGAUGGAUAUGUAUGAAUGGUUUGUAUGAUGAUUUUAAUGUUUGCUUUUGUUUUCUCAGCUGGCCUGUUUUUCUCAUCGAUUAACUUUACGAAUACAACAUUGUUGAUCGGACAGAUAGCUGGAACUGCAAAAAUAUGACCAAAGCUGUACUAAGCUGAAAUUAGCAUUUUUUUUAAGAGGAAGUGAGCAUUAGUAUAUGCCCUGUGUGACGGUUCCCUAUCUGGGUUACUUAUGUAUGUUCCUUUAAGACAGCAGGUAUCAGAGGUGGUGAUCGCCUAAGUGGAGGCACCUGGGCCCGGUGCGCUUCCCCUAUAAGGCUCCGCCUUCCUGGCAACCUGGGGCGUCUCUCCCAUCACCCCGUGGAGGAACGAGAACGGCUCGUUCCAGCCGCCAUUUGACGUUGGACCUAUUGGUUAUGUUUAAUAAACUCUGUGCUGUUUGGCAAACUGUCUGCGUCUCCAUG